AUGACGGUCGAUGUCCAAGGUCAACGACAUAAUAGAAAGGCGCUCAUACUGUAUGGGUCCGAGACUGGCAACAGUCAGGAUGUGGCCGAGGAGUUGGGGCGCAUGGCAGAGAGACUGCAUUUCAUAACCAGGGUCAGCGAGAUGGAUCUCGUCGAAAUUAAUACCCUUCUAGAUUACACUGUUGUUAUAUUCGCCAUUUCUACUACUGGACAAGGCGAGUUCCCGCAGAAUGCGAGGAAGUUCUGGAAAAGUCUCUUGAGAAAGCGUUUGCCUCCGGAUUGUCUGGGUCACGUGGCUUUUACCACCUUUGGUCUUGGAGACAGCUCUUAUCCUCAGUUCAAUUUCGCUGCUCGUAAACUUCAUAAGCGUCUAGAACAACUAGGAGCAAAGGAGGUUUAUCCACGUGGUGAGGCUGAUGAACAACAUGAUCAAGGAAUUGAUGGAACCUUCCUCUCCUGGUCUGCUGAUAUUCGAAAGCACUUGCUCUCUUUAUAUCCUUUACCAGAUGGAGUAACACCUAUCCCGCAAGAAGUGCUCCUCCCACCCAAAUUGAUUCUUGAGCUGCAAGAGAAGGUCCCAGAUCCACCACAAGUUUCUACUGCCAGCCAGAUCCAUCAAGCAAACCAGAUUCACCAUCCUGCAGUAUCGUCACAACCUGCUAUCAAUAACAGCUCAGGUGAACCACCUGGAGUUCAAUCUAAACCAGAAACGCCAGAACCCUCCAAACAGGCAGCAAACCAAAAUAAAAUGGAACGUACACCAUCCCGAUCGAUUUACGAUUUCCCUCUCCCAGUCGAAGAAGAGCCAGUCAUAUGUAAUCAGCUAAGGGAGAAGUUCGAUGGCGAACCUCACGAUGACCCCGAUUCGAGGUUCCCGCCCCCCAAAAGCAUUGUUUUGUCCAAUUCUUUCAGUGUUAUAAUGCUUGAGAACAAACGUAUGACACCAGAAAAUCACUGGCAAGACGUGCGGCAGCUUACAUUCGGGGUUUCGGAUGAGGAGGCGUAUGAUCCAGGCGAUGUCAUCAACAUUAUGCCCAAGAAUUUCCCUGAGGAUGUGCAGACUCUGAUUGAUCUUAUGGAUUGGAAUAAGGUGGCAGACAUCCCAGUAACAUUCGUCGCAUCGCCUCCCGACUUCUACCUUGCAGAUAACCUCCUCUCCAAGGCUCCUGGUCUCUUUCCAACCUCUAAAAGCACCCUGCGAGAUCUCCUUAUACAUAACCUCGACAUUACUGCCAUCCCCAAACGAUAUUUCUUCGAGCUAAUUGCCCACAACACCGAUGACCCCAUGCACAAGGAACGACUCCUCGAAUUUACCAACCCAGCCUUAUCAGAUGAAUUCUACGACUACACCUCCCGCCCUCGUCGCGGCAUCCUUGAAGUCCUCCAAGACUUCCCUAGCGUCAAGCUCCCCUGGCAACAAGCCACCCAAUUCUUCCCCGUCAUGCGCCCUCGAAAAUUCAGCAUCUCCAGCGGCGGAACCCUAAAAACCUCUUCAACUCCGGGCAUGAUAAAGUUCCAACUCCUCGUCGCAAUCGUCAAAUACAAAACCGUCCUCAAAAAAGUGCGCCAGGGCCUAUGCUCCCGCUAUCUUGCCGCCAUGCCUAGUAAUACCCCUCUCAAAGUCACGCUCACAGACGGCAGCUUAGGCUUCGAAGCCACUAAAGCAUACAAGCCACUCAUUCUCAUCGGUCCGGGAACGGGUGUAGCUCCCUGCCGUGCUCUGAUCUGGGAACGCGCCUCUGAAGCUCUAUUCAACACGAAGAUUGCAACUGAAGAAACGAUACUCUUCUACGGUGGACGCAACAAACGAGCCGAUUACUUCUAUGCGCAUGAAUGGAAAUUCCACCACUUAGCCCUCUCUCACGUCUUCACAGCUUUUUCGCGUGAUCAAAAGGAGAAGAUUUACGUACAGGAUGUUAUUAGGCGGGAGAAGAAGGAGGUCUGGAGGAUGAUUGCGAAGGGUGGGAUUAUAGUUGUCUGUGGUAGCUCGGGAAAGAUGCCCAAGGCGGUUAGGGAGGCUAUCCUGUGGGUUAUGCUUGAGGAGGGUGGUGUUGAGAAGUUUCCCAAGGGUAGAGAGGAUGUGGAGGCUGAAAUGAAGAGGAUGGAGAAACGGAAGCAUUAUGUACAGGAGACUUGGUGA